AUCGACAGAGGGAACUUUUAAGUAGGUCCUUGGGAGCAUUUUGUAGGAGUUGGCAUCACUGAGGUCAGUUUGAUGUCAGGGAAAAAUGCAAGUGCUGUCAACACGGGCCAUUGAAUCAAAAAAUAAACAUUAAACAAUAAUAUAAUACAUGACCAUGUAUUAUAUGUCAUUUAUUAAGAUUUCUUAAUUAUAAUAAAGUGAUAACAGUAAUCUAAUAUAAUAUUGUGCACAUAACUGUCAAGUUGUCUACUCUGUUUUGCUUGUGACGGGGUUUCUUUUUCGCAUUGUAGGUAUUUAAUGAUAACAUCAGCACGAAAAUGAAAACAGCAGUGACGGUGUUGCAAGAGCUGAUGAUCAAGUUAGGUCAAUUGCCCAAUUAUGAAUGCAUAUCUCAAUCAGGUCCUCAACAUCAGGCCACAUUUGAAUACCGUUGCACAGCACAUGGUAUUACAGUAACUGGACAGGCUCGAUCUAAAAAGGAAGCCAAGCAAGAGGCAGCUCGACGUAUGCUUAUGCAACUACACACGCGCGGCAUCCAAGUUCCGCCGCCCUUUGCCUCGCCGCCAUCACCGCCACCUCCAUCGCCGCCCUUGCCCUCAGAUGAUCCUGCUCUGGAAGCUGGCCCAUCACGAGGCCCCUGUGGAACUACCGGAGGCCCGGCUGUGGAUUCGCGCAGCUACGUUGCACUUCUAAAAGAAUUGUGUGAAGAAUAUCGACUGGGUGAGCCGGAAUAUGAGCUGGUGAGCGACACAGGCCCACCUCACCAGCGUCGUUUCACAAUGCGCGCGCGCUUGCGCAUGCACGAGCGGCAGGCCACUUCAACUACAAAGAAAGCGGCGCGACAACUUGCCGCGGAACACUUAUACUCCUAUCUGCGAGAAAACCUGGCAAGACUGACUGGAGAUUUCGUGGAGGAAGAGGCAUUGGCACGCGCUCAUGAGAAGCGAUCUCAGGAGAAGCGCGCAGAGGCGACUUUGCAGCGCUUUGCAGAACGCUGCGAGCCCACGCCCUGGCGUCACGACCUUGGACAGCGCCUCUCCAACUAUCACCUCGGUCUGCUAACACACAUUGAUGAAGAGCGUAGAUCACUGGGAAUGCAGGCAUUGACGGCUACAGAGAGCUGUGAAGCGGAGAAGUCGCUGGAGUCGGUGUGUAAUGCACUAGGCCUGCGCGUGGAGCGCCCCGAUUUGCCCACCUCUGGACUUACCGUUUACCGCUUGACGUCUACCUCGCCGACGCUCGCCUUUGCCGGUCAUGAACCGACCGCUGCCGCCGCCACUGCGCUGCGCUACCUGCGUCGUAUGCUGCUGGUUCCUGCCUCGGGCACAGUCUGCUAAAACUGCUUUUUGAAAACAUUGAUAAUAUUGGUAUUAAUAAUUAUCUUUUAUUUUAAUUACCAGUUUCAUUAACCAUUUAUGUAAAUGUGUUUUGUUCACAUUUAUUGCUAUGAAUAGAAUAAGACUAAGUUUAAGCAUUUAAUUAAUAAAAAACAAGUAAUUGUGGAAUAAUUAUUAAUUUC